UGCGGUGACGUAACGGGCAGGGGGUGGAGCUGUCUCGUAGCGGAUCUGUACCCAGGAGGGAAGCCAUGUGGCCGGGUAUACGCCUGCUCCGCCGCCCGCUCAGCACCCUAUCAGCCCGGGGGCUCGUAUACGAGAAGCACGGGGAGCCCUUGCAGGUGCUGCGAUUACAGAAUUUGGUAGUCCCAUCUCCUGGUGAUUAUGAUGUCAGAGUUAAAAUGUUGGCUGCCCCUAUUAACCCUUCAGAUAUUAACAUGGUCCAAGGAACCUAUGCUCUUUUGCCGGAAUUACCUGCUGUUGGAGGCAAUGAAGGCGUAGGUGUAGUUGCAGAAAUCGGAAAUCAUGUUACAUCUGUACGACCUGGUGACUGGGUGAUCCCAGUAGAUGCUGGGCUUGGUACAUGGCGCACAGAAGGAUUGUACAAUGAGUCAUCCCUUGUUCGGGUUCCCAGUGACAUACCUGUGGUGGGAGCAGCAACUCUGAGUGUCAAUCCAUGUACUGCAUAUAGAUUACUGUCUGAUUAUGAGACCCUUCGACCAGGUGACUCUAUAAUACAAAAUGCCAGCAACAGCAGUGUGGGCCAAGUUGUUAUCCAAAUUGCAUCAUCACUUGGUAUUACUACCAUUAAUGUUGUACGAGAUCGGUCGGAUCUCAGUAGUCUGGUACAGAGGCUCCAUGACCUAGGAGCAGAUCAUGUCAUCACAGAAGAUGUCCUUCGCAAGCCAGAGAUGAAAGAGUUGUUCAAGAAAUGUCCCCGUCCAAGGCUAGCUUUAAACUGUGUUGGUGGGAAAAGCACAACCGAGAUGUUGCGCCAUUUGGACUAUGGUGGCACUAUGGUGACAUAUGGUGGGAUGGCUAAACAACCAGUGACUAUACCUGUGAGUGCACUCAUAUUUAAGAAUGUGAAGCUGUGUGGAUUCUGGGUGACUCAGUGGAAGAGAGAUAGAGCUCACAACCGAGAGGAAGUUACAAAAAUGAUAAGAGACCUCUCUGAUUUAAUUCGUCGGGGGAAGCUUGUUACUCCUCCAUCAACAGAGUGGCCAUUGCAGGAUUUUGCAAAGGCUAUGCGUGAUGCUCAGACUCCAUUCCUGUCCCGUAAACAAAUCCUUAUAAUGUGAACAAGCUCUAUGAAAUCCAUCUCAGGAUUUUAUUACUUCUGCCAUUUUGAUGCUAUAUCUAACUUCCCAGCUGUAGUACCUACAGUGUGUUUCCAUAAAUACCUAAUAUAUAACUGUGUGUAUGUAUAAUACUUAGUAUUGUUUUAAAAUAUGAGAAUGGCAAUACUUUUGCACUGUGUGAGAUUAUAUACAUAUAAAAUGUAUAUGUAAUGCCAUAUGCAAAAUAUUUGUGUGCAGUUAUACAUCCAGACAUUUAUGUAUAUGGUUUUAAAUUUAAUUAUAUGUGUAUACAGAUAUCUAUUUAUAGAUGUAUAUUUUGUCAGCAAAAAAAAGUCAAUGAAUUGCAUCCGUUUGAUAAACGUAUAUAAAAUGAAGGUAUGUUAUCAGUAGUGUAUAUCAAGUGGCCAACAUACAAGAUGGCUAAUGAUAAUGUCAAGAUUAAUUAUCCGGCAUUACAAUGUAAGAUGUGAUUUUUAUUUCUCUUUGUUUCUUGGAGAUUAAAGAAUAAGCACACCUGA